AUGAAUGUGUGGCUAGUUUUGUUUCGCGAAGACUGGUUUAUAUUGUCCAAGUAUUACGCCAGCAUUCACAAACCUUAUAAUGUGAAGAAAUAUGUGCCUUACAAGCCUUCAAACAAGACAACCACAGUGGAAACUCCUUUAACAUCAACAACGAUCCAUAUCAGCACCACGGCACUGCCAGAGAUCACAACUCAGAGAUCGCGCACAAAAGGCGAUCAGAUCGAACAGACUAGUGAAACGGGAAUUGUUGAAACAAGUACUUUUGAAUCUACAACUGAAACCUCGACGAGCACCACAGAGAUGCCCGAAAUGUCCACCUUAUUGCUGUCUAUAAUUGGGAAAACGCCAGGCAUUGAAACUAGCACCUCAUAUUACGCUGCUAAAGUCGAGAGCAGCGAACAGCAAUAUUUAAGUUCUACAAUCGAAACAAGUUCAAUGAUUGAUGUGGCCAUUUCAACUACUACAGCAUCGCCUGAGCCUGAAACCACGACCGAGCUGAGAGAUUCGACCUUCCAGCCGCAUAACGAGGCAAGCUACACAAGCGAAGCUCCUGCAACGCCUCUAGAUGUCACCACCGGAAUCAACUUUGCUGCAGUUUCCAAAUCAACCCCGCCAGAGACGUCAACCGAUGUGGGCGAUACGACAACACAACUUUCUAUAUUCAACAUCGAAACACCAUCAUCCGUUGAAGACACCACUAAUAUCAACUGUUUGCUGCCAACAACGUCUUUUCAACAAGAAGCCACAACGGAAUCGGGAGCUACAACAACCUCGUCGGAGCCGGACACCACAACAGACGAGGCAGAUACGAUAACCCAACUUCUUGUAACUACAACCCAAUCACCAUUAACAACAUCAUCUCCAGCCGAGACUACAACAGAUACGACAACUCAACUUUUUAUAAACGUAGCCCAAUCAACACUAACAACAUCUUCGGAACCGGACACUACAACAGACGAGGCAGAUACGACAACCCAAUCAACAUUAACUUCAUCAUCUGAGCCGGAAAUUACAACCGAAACGGCAGAGGCAACCACACAAAUACCUAUAUCCACAACCCGAACAACACUAUUAGAAAAUACAACUGAAAUACCAUUUAUUCCGACCAGCACUAUUGCUUUUGAAAGCACCACCGACGCAGAUGCCGGCGUUGAGAUAACUACGGAUGGGACGAUGGCCACAACUUCCUCCGGAAAUGCCAUUCUUGUGGAUGAUAUAAUCCAGGCUAAGCCGCGAAAGUUGACAUAUUCUUCAGAUGUAAUGCCCGAGAUGGAAUGGUAUUAA